AUGUCUCACACCCGCAGUGCGCCGUCUUCGCGACGGAUAGCCUGCUUACCCCUGCUCCUCCUCUCUGAAAAGUCUGCCGCCGACUACUUCAUCCACUCCCUCCCUGGUGCGCCCGAACCUCUCCUCAAAAUGUGGUCCGGCCACGUCGCAAUCACUCCCGAGCACCAUGGCAACAUCUUCUUCUGGCUCUACAAAAACCGGAAUCUCGCCAAUCGACCUCGAACCGUCAUAUGGCUGAACGGAGGACCAGGCUGUAGUAGCAUGGAUGGCGCAUUGAUGGAAAUUGGGCCAUACAGAGUAAACGAAGAUGGGACAUUGCGCUACAACGAUGGCAGCUGGGAUGAGUUUGCCAAUCUUCUGUUUGUGGACCAGCCGCUGGGAACGGGGUUUAGCUACGUGGACGGAGAUUCGAUGACACACGAUCUGCCUCAGAUGGCUGAGCACAUGAUCACAUUUUUGGAGAAGUGGUUUGUGCUUUUCCCGGAGUACAUGCACGACGACUUGUACAUUGGUGGGGAGUCAUAUGCGGGGCAGUAUAUUCCUUACAUCGCUCAAGCGAUCCUGGAGCGGAAUAAGAAAAAACCAGCUCACGACGCGUGGAAUCUUCAUGGACUAUUGAUUGGCAACGGAUGGAUCUCGGGCCCCGAUCAGUACAUCUCUUAUAUUCCUUUCGCCUACGAGACCGGCAUCCUGCAAAAGGGCAGCCAGGCAGACCAGAAUGCACAACGGCAGGAAAAGACAUGUCUGAAAGAGCUUGCGGCAGGCGCCAAAGAUCACGUGGACCACUAUGCCUGCGAGCUGAUCAUGCACGGCCUCAACCGUGAUCUUGCCGGCGCCCGGGAGUGCUUCAACGUCUACGAUGUUCGCAAGAAGGACUCUUACCCAUCGUGUGGGAUGAAUUGGCCGCCCGACUUGAAGCAACUGACCCCCUACCUCCGUCGCGACGAUGUGCUUCAGGCGCUUCACAUCAAUCCCGACAAGAAAACAGGCUGGACAGAAUGCAACGGCCAGGUGGGCAGUGCUUUCAACGCAAAGAACGACCAGCCAUCUGUCAAAUUGCUGCCUGGGUUGCUCGAGCAACUCCCCAUCAUUCUCUUCGCGGGCGACAAAGACCUUAUUUGUAACCACGUCGGAAUCGAGAAUCUAAUCAAUAACCUUGAGUGGAAUGGUGGAAAGGGCAUGGAGAUGUCACCGGGCAUGACUGCUCCAAAGCAAGACUGGACGUUUGAAGGCGAACCGGCUGGGCAAUGGCAGACCGCCAGGAAUCUAACAUAUAUCCGCUUCUACAAUUCCUCCCACAUGGUGCCUUUCGACUACCCGCGAAGGACAAGAGACAUGCUGGACCGAUUCAUGGGCGUUGACAUCUCGAGCAUUGGCGGGACGCCGGCGGAUAGUCGACUGGAUGGAGAGAAGGGCCCGGAGACGUCGGUCGGCGAUGUGUCUGCGCCCGGCUCCGCGAAGAGCGAGGAAGAGGACGCGAAAUUGGAGGCGGCAACGUGGUUGGCGUAUCGACGCUCUGGUGAAGCGGCGCUUGUCGUUGUGCUAACCGCCACAAGCGCAUGGGGCUUCUUUGUGCUUCGCGAUCGACGCCGGCGAAAGGGGUAUCGGGGGGUCUUCAGCUCCGACCCUUACGAUGAUGGAGCUGGCGGUGGCAUGGGCCUUGACGGAGGAAGACGAAAGGAAACGCGCGACAUCGAGGCUGCGGCGGCUUUUGACGAAAGCGAGCUGGAUGACCUUACCGCCAAUGGCCACUCCAAUCGCGGUGGGCGAGACAAGUUCAGCCUCGCAGAGGAGGACGAAGAUGAGGGAACGAGACCUGAAGGCCGUAACGGAGGGCCGAGAUAG